GGCAGAUCUUGACAAACCAGCCUGCUCCAGGAUUUUAUCUCAGGAAUCCCAACAGGACAGGAGAAUGGAGAGGCAGCAAAGGUUUCUGUCAGAGAAGGAUGAGUCUCAGUUUCAACAUCAGGGAGCGGUCGAGCUGCUUGUCUUUAAUUUUUUGCUCAUCCUUACCAUUUUGACAAUCUGGUUAUUUAAAAAUCAUCGAUUCCGCUUCUUGCAUGAAACCGGAGGAGCGAUGGUGUACGGCCUGAUAAUGGGAUUAAUUUUGCGAUAUGCUACGGCACCAACUGAUAUUGAAAGUGGGACUGUCUACAACUGUGGAAAACUGUCCUUCAGUCCUUCCACUCUACUGGUUAAUAUCACUGACCAAGUUUAUGAAUAUAAGUACAAGAGAGAAAUAAGCCAACACAACAUCAGUCCUCACCAGGGAAAUGCUAUACUUGAAAAGAUGACGUUUGACCCAGAAAUCUUCUUCAACGUUUUACUGCCACCAAUUAUAUUUCAUGCAGGAUAUAGUCUAAAGAAGAGACAUUUUUUUCAAAACUUGGGAUCUAUUUUAACAUAUGCCUUCUUGGGAACGGCCAUCUCCUGUAUYGUCAUAGGGUUAAUUGUGUAUGGUUUUGUCAAGGCAAUGAUAUAUGCCGGCCAGUUGAAAAAUGGAGACUUUCAUUUCACCGACUGUUUAUUUUUUGGUUCAAUGUUAUCUGCUACAGAUCCAGUGACUGUGCUGGCCAUUUUCCAUGAACUGCAUGUCGACCCGGACCUGUACACCCUCUUGUUUGGAGAGAGUGUGUUGAAUGACGCAGUGGCCAUAGUCCUUACAUAUUCUAUAUCCAUUUACAGUCCCAAGGAGAAUCCAAAUGCAUUUGACACCGCCGCGUUCUUCCAGUCUGUGGGGAAUUUCCUGGGGAUCUUCGCUGGCUCAUUCGCAAUGGGGUCUGCAUAUGCUGUUGUCACAGCACUGUUGACCAAAUUUACCAAACUGUGUGAGUUCCCAAUGCUGGAAACGGGCCUGUUCUUCCUCCUGUCCUGGAGUGCCUUCCUGUCCGCCGAGGCUGCCGGCCUAACAGGGAUAGUCGCUGUUCUCUUCUGUGGAGUCACACAGGCACACUAUACCUACAACAACCUGUCGUCAGAUUCCAAAAUGAGGACUAAACAGUUGUUUGAAUUCAUGAACUUUUUGGCCGAGAACGUCAUCUUCUGUUACAUGGGCCUGGCGCUGUUCACCUUCCAGAACCACAUCUUUAAUGUUCUUUUUAUACUUGGAGCCUUUCUAGCAAUUUUUGUUGCUAGAGCCUGCAACAUAUAUCCCCUCUCCUUCCUCCUCAAUCUGGGCCGAAAGCAGAGGAUCCCCUGGAACUUUCAGCACAUGAUGAUGUUUUCAGGUUUGCGAGGAGCAAUCGCGUUUGCCUUAGCUAUUAGGAACACGGAAUCUCAGCCCAAACAGAUGAUGUUCACCACCACGCUGCUCCUGGUGUUCUUCACUGUCUGGGUAUUUGGAGGAGGAACGACUCCCAUGCUGACCUGGCUUCAGAUCAGAGUUGGUGUGGACCUGGACGAAAAUCUGAAGGAGGAGCCCUCCUCAUAUCACCAGGGAGCAAAUAACUUGGAUAAAAGUGUGACAAAGACGGAGAGUGCUCGGCUCUUCAGGAUGUGGUAUGGCUUCGACCACAAAUACCUGAAACCAGUUUUAACCCACUCUGGCCCUCCACUGACCACAACCUUACCUGAAUGGUGCGGUCCGAUUUCCAGGCUGCUCACCAGUCCCCAGGCCUAUGGGGAAGAGCUCAAGGAGGACGAUGCAGAAUGCAUUGUGAACCAGGACGAACUGGCCAUGAAUUACCAAGAGCAAAGCCCCUCAUCCUGCCGUCCCCCUGCAAGGCCAGGCCUGGACCAGAAAGCUUCGCCCCAGACACCAAGCAAGGAAAACAUUUAUGAGGGAGACCUCGGCCUGGGAGGCUAUGAACUCAAGCUUGAGCAGACUCCAGGCCAAUCCCAAAUGAAUUAAUGACAUGAGGAGCACAGAUAUAAUCACUAGUAAGGCUGGGCUGACUAAGGAAAAGGAGCCAGACAGAGAAGGCAGAAGCUGCAAAACACAUGAAGAGCAUAAAUUGGAGAGAAUCAAAACCUUGCCAGGAGUAUCUUCUGGCACCUCCAAAACUGAGAAGUCUUAUCAGCCCUCUGUAUGAUGCAUCUGAACUUAGUUCUGUGACA